AUGCACCUGAAGCCAAAAAGUUCCUACUUGUACCAAACUGAAGCCAAAAUAGAUCCUGCUUCUACCAUCCUGAAGCCUACAGCUCCGAAUUAUAACAUCUUGAGGCCUACAGCUCCUACUUCUACCAUCCUGAAGCCUACAUCUCUGACUACUAACAUCCUGAAGCCUUCAGCUCCAACUUCUACCAUCCUGAAGCCUACAUCUCUGACUACUAACAUCCUGAAGCCUUCAGCUCCAACUUCUACCAUCCUGAAGCCUUCAGCUCCAACUUCUACCAUCCUGAAGCCUACAUCUCUGACUGCUAACAUCCUGAAGCCUUCAGCUCCAACUUCUACCAUCCUGAAGCCUUCAGCUCCAACUUCUACCAUCCUGAAGCCUACAGCUCUGACUGCUAACAUCCUGAAGCCUACAGCUCCUACUUCUACCAUCCUGAAGCCUACAGCUCCGAAUUAUAACAUCUUGAGGCCUUCAGCUCCAACUUCUACCAUCCUGAAGCCUACAGCUCUGACUGCUAACAUCCUGAAGCCUACAGCUCCAACUUCUACCAUCCUGAAGCCUUCAGCUCCAACUUCUACCAUCCUGAAGCCUACAGCUCCAACUUCUACCAUCCUGAAGCCUACAGCUCCGAAUUAUAACAUCUUGAGGCCUUCAGCUCCAACUUCUACCAUCCUGAAGCCUACAGCUCCUACUUCUACCAUCCUGAAGGCUACAGCUCUGACUGCUAACAUCCUGAAGCCUACAUCUCCAACUUCUACCAUCCUGAAGCUUUCAGCACCAACUUCUACCAUCCUGAAGCCUACAGCUCUGACUGCUAACAUCCUGAAGCCUACAGCUCCAACUUCUACCAUCCUGAAGCCUACAGCUCCGAAUUAUAACAUCUUGAGGCCUACAGCUCCUACUUCUACCAUCCUGAAGCCUACAUCUCUGACUACUAACAUCCUGAAGCCUUCAGCUCCAACUUCUACCAUCCUGAAGCCUUCAGCUCCAACUUCUACCCUACUGAAGCCUACAGCUCUGACUGCUAACAUCCUGAAGCCUACAGCUCCAACUUCUACCAUCCUGAAGCCUACAGCUCCGAAUUAUAACAUUUUGAGGCCUUCAGCUCCAACUUCUACCAUCCUGAAGCCUACAGCUCCUACUUCUACCAUCCUGAAGGCUACAGCUCUGACUGCUAACAUCCUGAAGCCUACAGCUCCAACUUCUACCAUCCUGAAGCUUUCAGCGCCAACUUCUACCAUCCUGAAGCCUACAGCUCUGACUGCUAACAUCCUGAAGCCUACAGCUCCAAUUUCUACCAUCCUGAAGCCUACAGCUCUGACUGCUAACAUCCUGAAGCCUACAGCUCCAACUUCUACCAUCCUGAAGGCUACAGCUCUGACUUCUACCAUCCUGAAGCCUUCAGCGCCAACUUCUACCAUCCUGAAGCCUUCAGCGCCAACUUCUACCACCCUGAAGCCUACAGCUCUGACCUCUUCCAUCCUGAAGCCUACAGCUCCUACUUCUACCCUCCUGAGGCCUAAAAGCUACAGCUCCUACUUCUACCAUUGUGUGCCAUUCUUCUGCCAUUCUGAGGUCCACAAGUUUCAGCUCCCUCCAUACUGA